UUUACUCACGUCAUUUGGAACGCACGCUGACUCAGAAAGAAAAACCGAAACAAAAAGAGCGCUCUCUCUCUCUCUCUCUCUCAACAGUGUCAUUAGAAGUCUUUCGUUUCCAUCAAGACUCUCUCUCUCUGAGUGUUCCCUAAACCAUGGCGGAGCGUGGAUCGUACGGUCUGCCUCCUCGACUAGAUAUUAAACAUAUACUGACAGAAGCCCAAAAUCGAUGGUUGAGACCUGCAGAAAUUUGUGAAAUUCUUCGUAAUUAUCAGAAGUUUCAAAUUGCAUCAGAGCCUCCGAACAGGCCCAUAAGUGGUUCUCUUUUUCUUUUUGAUAGGAAGGUUUUAAGAUACUUUAGAAAGGACGGACAUAAUUGGAGGAAGAAAAAAGAUGGAAAGACUGUGAAGGAGGCUCAUGAGAAGCUAAAGGUUGGGAGCGUUGAUGUGCUACAUUGCUAUUAUGCCCAUGGAGAAGAGAAUGAAAACUUUCAAAGGCGCAGUUAUUGGAUGCUUGAACAGGAUUUGAUGCACAUAGUUUUUGUCCACUACUUGGAAGUUAAGGGUAGCAGGACAAAUAUUGGAGGCAUUAAAGAGAGUGAUGAGGUUACUUCAACUUUCCAGAAGGAUAGCCCCCCGAGUUCUAGCUUUUCCCCAAAUCAUAAUAGAGUGCCUUGUGGAAGUACAGAUUCCCCAAGCCCAGCCAGUUCUCUGACAUCGUUAUACGAAGAUGUUGAUUCUGAGGAUGUUUUCCAAGCAAGCUCGACAUCUCGCUCAUUUCUCGAGUCGCAGCCAAUGGAGAAUGGUCCUCUGAGAGACAGGACGGAUGCUGGGGUGUUGAAUUCAUAUUUUCCGCAUCCCUCUGCAGAUGAUCAUGGUCUGUCAUCAAUUCCUGGAGCAAAUUAUAUCUCUCACGUUUGGACAGAUAGAUCCAGAGAAAGUGAUGAUAUUACUUCAAAAACAAUUGAUUUGGCAUCCUGGGAAGAGGUCCUGGAACAUUCUACAAGAGGAUUCCAUUCUACUGUACCUUCUAAUGUAUCAUCAUCUUCCUCCCAACCUGCCUCUAUUGGAGUUGUCCUUGAGGAAGAAAAUAUGACUUUAGGUGGGCUUUUAGCAAGUGGGAGUGUUGUCAAAGAGGAGUUUCAAAAUUUUGUGCCAAUCCUAUCAAAUUGGCAGAUUCCUCUUGGAGACAAUUCAGUAAAACUACCCAUAUGGCCUACUGACCAGUCAUCACAUUUGGAAUUGGCAUAUGAUCCGGGCACCACAUUAGUUGACUCUAAAGCUCAUGAUACAAUUAUGAGAAAUGGUACUGAGCCGCUUUCUACCCAACCUGUUCAGCAAAAUGAGCAGCCUGUGCGGAACAAGCAUCAAAUAGAGCUUACAAAUACAGAAUCUCAGAGUUCAAUUAAAUCAAUUUCCAAAAUGGAUAUGCCUACAGAAGGAAAUAUUAACUAUGCUUUGACUCUGAAAAAGCAUUUAAUCGAUGGUGAACAGGGCUUGAAGAAACUUGACAGCUUUUCUCGGUGGGCUUCAAAAGAACUUGGAGAUGUAGAUGAUUUGAAUAUGCAGACCUCAUCUGGUAUAUCCUGGAGCACUGUCGAAUGUGGAAAUGUAGUUGAUGAUUCCUCAUUGAGCCCCUCUAUCUCUCAGGACCAGUUUUUCAGUAUUAUAGAUUUUUCACCGAAGUGGGCAUACACAGACUCAGAGAAUGAGGUUCUGAUUAUUGGAAAAUUUUUGAAGAGUCUACCUGAGGUAGCAAAAUGUAACUGGUCAUGUAUGUUUGGGGAAGUGGAGGUUCCUGCAGUAGUUUUAGCUAUUGGGGUUCUUUGUUGCCGUGCUCCACCUCACAGUGUUGGGCGUGUCCCUUUUUAUGUAACAUGUUCCAACAGGUUAGCUUGCAGUGAAGUACGAGAAUUUGACUAUAGAGUUGGCUCUAUUAAAGACAUAGACGUUGCCAUUAUCUAUGGUGGUGCUACAACUGAAAUGCUUCUUCAUAUGCGACUUGAGAUGUUACUGUCUCUUAUAUCUGUCAGCCCUCCAAGUCAUUUUGUUGAAGGUGUUCCAGAGAAACAAGACUUAAUCAGUAAGGUUAUUUCAUUAAAGGAGGAAGAGGAGUAUUACCAGAUGGCAGAGCCAAUCUCACAGAAUGAUCCAUCUCAAUAUGAAGUGAAGGAGCAUCUCCUUAAAGUUCUGAUGAAAGAAAAGUUGUACUCAUGGCUACUCCAUAAAGUAUCUGAAGAUGGCAAAGGUCCAAGUGUAUUAGAUGAUGAGGGGCAAGGUGUGCUACAUUUAGCAGCUGCCCUAGGUUAUGAUUGGGCCAUAAAACCAAUUGUAACAUCAGGAGUUAGUAUCAAUUUCCGGGACAUAAAUGGUUGGACUGCCCUUCACUGGGCUGCAUACUGUGGCAGAGAGCAGACAGUCGGGUUCCUAGUCUCUCUGGGUGCUUCUCCUGGAGCAUUGACAGAUCCAUCUCCAGAAUUUCCUUUGGGUAGAACACCCGCAGACCUGGCAGGUGUAAAUGGACACAAAGGAAUCUCUGGUUUUCUUGCAGAACAUCUUUUGACUAGCUACCUCAAAUCCCUAGAAAUGAAUGAUCCAAAUGAAGUUAGAACAGAAGUUUCUGGACAAAAAGUUUCAGAACAGACCGUAACACCUGCGAAUUAUGGUGACAUACCAGAGGCACUGUCGCUCAGGGAUUCACUUACUGCUGUCUCUAAUGCCACACUAGCUGCAGAUCGUAUACAUCUAAUGUUCAGGAUGCAUUCAUUGGAGAGGAGACGGAUCACUGAGUAUGAUGAUGAUGAUAUAGUUAGAUUGUCUGAUGAACAUGCUCUUUCAGUUGUAGCUGCCAAGACACGCAAGGCUAAACAAAGUGAUGGGGUAGUCCAUGCUGCUGCAACACAAAUACAGAAGAAGUUUCGUGGUUGGAAGAAAAGAAAAGAAUUCUUAAUAAUCCGUCAAAGAAUUGUUAAAAUCCAGGCCCAUGUGAGGGGACACCAGGUGAGGAAGAAAUAUAGAACAAUCAUCUGGUCUGUAGGGAUUCUGGAGAAGGUUAUAUUACGCUGGAGACGCAAGGGAAUUGGUUUGCGGGGAUUCCGAUCAGAUGCGCGAACUGAGGACCCCAAACCUCAAGAUCUUCCAUCAAAGGAGGAUGAUUAUGAUUUUCUUAAGGAUGGUAGGAAACAGACAGAGGAAAGGCUGCAAAAAGCACUCACUAGGGUGAAGUCUAUGGUUCAGUAUCCUGAGGCUCGGGCUCAAUACAGUAGGCUGCGAACUGCUGUUGAAGGGUUUCGAGAAACCAAGGCAUAUAAUCUGGUUUUGAAUAGUUCAGAAGAAGCAGUUGUUGCUGAUGAGGAACUGAUUGAUAUUGAUACACUAUUGGAAGAUGUAGAAGAUGACAGUUUUAUGUCUAUGGCAUUUGAGUAAGUCUUUGCCAUGGCUCUCUGACAUGAGCCCCUCCUGUAUUGUAGAUCUCUGGCUUAGUUGCAGCAUUAUAAAGGUUCUAACUUCAUAUUUCUGUAUAUAGGAUGUCUAAUUUAUUAGGUCAUUCAUGAUUUUCUAGCAGGGUUACAUAGUAUUGAGAAGAAACAUUACUUUGCACAGUUAUUAUAGUGAUUACAUUGUCUUCUCAUGCUUAAAGGGACUUAAUUUUACUCUGUAGUUUGUUUAUAAUUGACAAUAUUGGUUUACAGCUACAUAAUUUUAAGAAGUAAUUUUAUUUUUCA